AUGGAGAUGCCCCUCACCACCGCUCUCCACCUGCGCCCAAACCUUCAGUUUGACUUUUCCCUCUUUGCGGAUUCAUCCUUCCGACGAGUGGGCAUCCCCUCACAACCCAGCAGGGAGGAAGAGAGGGAGCGGCGGCUGAGACAGCACGUGCUGAAGCUAGCAGAGGCGCACGCAGUGGGGGACUGGGCGCUGGCGCGGCGGUGGGGGAAGAAGGUGCGGGGGGAGGCGAGUGAGAGGGGGGAUGCAGUGCAGCGAGUGGCAUGGUACAUGCUGCAGGCUCUGGAGGCCAGGGCGGACGGCACUGCUGCUGUGAAAUGGCGAGAGCCCAUUGAGUUCCCGGUCAAGAGCGCAGCAGACGUGAUGGCAGCAGUGGGGCACUCCCAUGAGACCGACAUCGCGUAUACCAACUUCGCCUUUGCUGCUCUCCUCCACGAAAUACCUCUUUUCUUCGGGCAGCUCGCAAUCGUUUUGGGGCUGCCCGUGACGUUUGAGAUGGUGGAUGUGCCUCUGGAGUCGCUACAUCCGGGCAUGGUGAAGGUUCAGCCGGGGGAGGAGGUGGUGGUGGUCUCCCUCUGGACGCUCAUGCUCUUCCCAGAUGACUCUGUUCUCAGGCACAACCCACGAGAUGCCGUGCUCAAGUGGAUCCAGGCUCUUAAACCACGUCUUGUCCUUCUAGCAGAGGUGGACGCGGCCCUCAACGGCCCCUUCUUCCUCGCCCGCGUGCGCGAGACCUUUCGAUCCAUGCUCGCUUUCUUCUCAGCCGUCCAUGCCACCAUGCCCGAUUCUGCCAUCUCGCCCGUCCGUUUCAUCUGGGAGACGAUGCUGUUCCGCGAGCUCAUUAAUUGCGUCGGAUGCGAGGGGAUCCAACGGCUGAUACGCGCCGAGAGGCUGGAGCAGUGGCAGGAGCGGAUGCGGAGGUUAGGGUUUGAGGAGGUGGGGCUGGGGAGAAAAACACAGGCUGCCAUGAGGGAGACAACGGAGGGGCGGGAUGGGAGAUUUGAAGUGGUGUCGGUGGGAGGUGCGGCGAGGCUCAUGUGGAAAGGGCAGCCGGUGCUGGCUGUGUCUGCUUGGAGGUGA